AGCGGCGCUCGGGAUCGGGAGCUCCGACUGUCGCGACUUGACGCGACAGGCACCGUGGCGGAGCGGCGGGCUCGGGGCCCGCAGCGCCUGGGGAAGGUGAGCGUGUGAGGGGAAACGUCCGGCUCCCGCUUGGCCGAGACUUGCCGCCGCCGGGACCCAGGACAGGCCUCGUCCCCUCCCGAGCCCGGCGGGGGCCCGGCCCGGCUGCCCAGCGCGCGGCGGAGGGCGGGGGGAACGCGCGAUGGGCGGCGCCAUCUUGGGGGCGACGGGAGCCGCUCGGGACCAAACGUCCUUCCGCCCGCCGCCAUGGGGUCGCGGGAGCCCUGCCGCCGGCUGGAAGCGGUGCUCGGCGCCCUCUACGACCUGGGUGAGGAGCGCGGUGCUCGGGGCGCGGCGAAGGACAGCGAGGCGAGCGUAGGGGCGGCGGCGGCGAAGAAGAAGAAGAAGAAGGAGAAGGAGGAGGAGGAGAACCGAGGACCGCAGCCGGCGGCGGGCGGGCGGCGGGGAGCCCGCGACUUUUUUGGGGAGCUGCGGGCUGAGCUGGCCGCCGCCGGCCCGCCGCCCCCCGCCACGCCGCCGGCCGUGGAGGUCGUGGUGUUUCGCGGGAGGAAGAGGAAGGGGCGGCCCAGCCCCUCGGUAGCACCCACCGGAGGUGCCCAGACCAAAAGAGUGGAUGAAGAUAAAAAUGUGAACGAACAAGAAUUUAACUUUGAAAAAGCUCGUCUGGAAGUACACAAGUUUGGAAUCACUGGCUACAAGAAGCAGGAACAACGUAUAUGGGAACAGGAGCGUGCUAUCAUGCUGGGAGCCAAGCCCCCCAAAAAAGAACAUGUGAACUACAGGACUUACCAGGAGAAAAUGAAAGAGAAGAAAAUGGCAAAGGAGUAUGAUAAGGGAAAGCAGGAACAUAAAGGUGAUUCUCUCAAGAAGAAGAAGAAAGAACAGAAGGAGAGGAAGGCCAAAAGGAAGAAAUCAGUGCCUAGCAUUUGGCCUGCAGGACAAGUUGGAAAAUUCAGGGAUGGGACCUUGAUUCUGCAAAGCCAUGACAUAAAGAAAUUAAAUCAUCUAAAGUUAUCAAAUGAACCUAUGAUACAGAGCAAAAUGGACAAUAUACAUAAGAUAGAAUUCACAUUGCUACCAACACAGAUUUACAGAGCCUGUCGCCUUUCUGCCAUGUCCUAAUUUUUUUACCUUAUUUGUUGUUGCAGGAUUUUCUACAUUCCAUUCUGACUUGGGAAGAAUAUGAAAAUUUACUGUUUUAUAAAUAAAAAUAAGACUUUAUAUUAAGAACUUUA